AUGUUUGCCAAUAGCGAGCGCUAUUUACCGACGACGCCAUGACAACAACACACCUGACCACCAAAUAUUUGGUCAAUAUCAACUUCCCACAUAAAUAACAGAAAACAAUAACCAUGAAUCAGGAAGCCAAGAAAAUAGCAAAUAGUUUGUAUGGCAGAGUGAACGCACCAGCCGAGAAAUGUCGUGUCAACUUUUGUACCGACAUGGAAAAGUCAGUUCUCAUGAGCAACUUCGAACGACGAGGUUGGAACCAAGUCGGACCCGACGACGAAUGGAACUUUUACUGGGCGUCCACACAAACAUGCCGAAAUUUAUUCAGUGUCGAAAGUGGCUAUCGUAUGAACGACAACCAAAUCAUAAAUCACUUUCCCAAUCAUUAUGAGUUAUCGAGGAAAGAUCUACUUGUUAAAAAUAUCAAAAGAUAUCGCAAGGAGCUCGAGCGAGAAGGCAGCCCGCUAGCCGAGAAGGCGGAGGUGGUGUUGCACGGCGGGCAAGUCGUCACGCGGUACGUACAUCUCGACUUCGUCCCCGUCACGUUCGUCCUUCCGGCCGACUACAAUAUGUUUGUUGAGGAAUACCGCAAAUCCCCGCAGAGCACUUGGAUUAUGAAGCCUUGCGGAAAAUCUCAAGGCACCGGAAUUUUCCUCAUAAAUAAACUGUCAAAGCUUAAGAAAUGGUCUCGCGAGGCGAAAACUCCCUUUCAUCCGCAGCUGAGUAAAGAGAGCUACGUGAUUUCGCGGUACAUAGACAAUCCGCUCCUAAUAGGAGGCAAAAAGUUCGAUCUUAGACUCUACGUGUUGGUAACUUCGUUUCGACCGCUAAAGGCUUACUUGUUCCAACUCGGCUUUUGUAGGUUUUGUACGGUGAAGUACGACACGAGUGUUACAGAGUUAGACAACAUGUAUGUACAUCUGACUAAUGUUAGUGUGCAGAAACACGGCGGGGAUUACAACAGCAUUCACGGCGGGAAAAUGAGCGUACAAAAUUUGCGGCUUUAUUUAGAAGGGAGCAGGGGCAGGGCUGUCACUGAGAAGUUGUUUGCGGCAAUGCAGUGGUUGAUCGUGCACUCUUUGAAGGCUGUAGCUUCGGUGAUGGCGAAUGAUCGUCAUUGCUUUGAGUGUUACGGCUAUGACAUCAUUAUAGACGAUCAACUGAAGCCGUGGCUGGUGGAAGUAAAUGCUUCCCCGUCUCUCACGUCAACUACGGUUAACGACAGAAUUUUGAAGUACAAAUUGAUAGAUAAUAUUUUGUCCGUAGUGUUACCUCCCGAUGGGGUGCCAGACGUGCGUUGGAAUAAAUUACCGUGUCUAGACUCGUUGGGCAGUUUCGAUUUGCUUAUAGACGAAGAACUCUUGGAAAAGGAUGAACCUACAAUUUCAGGUCGAUCAGGUAAAAAUAGUAAAACAAAUAGAUAAUUAUGAAUUAUGACAAAAUGAAAUAAAAUUUGUAUAU